AUGGACACCGAGAAGGAUAUCCUGGAUGUAUACAUAAAGAACUUGGAGAACCAAAUUGGAAACAAACGAUAUUUCUUGAAGCAAGCUCGAAGUGCCAUCGAUGAGAUCACGAAAAAAUCUCUGGAUACAGAGGGGAAACCGCUUGAUUUUGAGAUCUUCGCAGAGUUAUUAAGAAAACCCAUGUUCUUGUCAGAGAGAGCUGAUCCUAUCAGUUUCAGCUUAAGCUCGAAUUUUUUGUCUUUGAGAGCGCAAAGUUCCAGUGAAUGGCUCUCGGUAAUGGACGAUCAAUCUGUUGAUAAAAAGGCGAUGUUGUCGUUGCAGAACAAUAUUAAUAGUGACUUGAAAGAACUGCUACGAAAACUGCAGCGUCAAGUGUGCAUUAUAGAUGAUACGAAACAAGACCGAGCCCAUGUGAGAACACGAAAAGCCAGAAAUAAGGAGCUUUGGAACUUACUGGAGGACUUUCUCAAGAGUUAUUUAGUGCCAAAUUUGGAUGAUAAUGAUCAGCCAAUAGAUAAUCUAACAAGCGAAGUCACAUUGUUAUUAAAAAGACUGAUCGAGCAUGAUUUGAGUCUGACAUUACGAGACUUUUCAUCUAAGACGAUGCCAAUAUACAGGCUAUUACUUAGGGCAAAUAUAAUAACAGUAACUAAGGGCUCCUCAAAUCCAGAAACUAAAUAUAUCAAACUGAUAAAUUUCAACGAGACUAGUCUGACAUAA